AUGAAAAGAUGCGCUGCUCUAAUCGAUCUCAACGGUACGUUACACAUAGAAGACAUGGCAGUGCCACGUGCCAGUGAAGCACUGGAGCGGCUUCGAAGGACUCGUCCAGUAAAAUUUGUUACCAAUACGACAAAAGAAUCAAUAAAUGUACUGCACCGACGUGUUACUGGCUGUGGGUUCCGCAUAGAAAAAAAUGAAAUUUUCACGUCACUCGUGGCUGCACGAAAGUUGGUCGAGGACCGGAAACUCCGGCCGAUGCUCAUGCUCGCAAAGGAAGCCUUGGAAGAUUUCGAAGGAGCACAGUUGGUUGCUGUUCACAAAGGAAGAUACUACAAGCGAGGUGAUGGAUUGGCGCUUGGUCCUGGGCCAUUUGUAGCUGCAUUGGAGUACGCCACUGGAGCGAAGGCAGAGGUCGUUGGCAAGCCAGAACCAGCGUUUUUCCGCAUGGGUGCUGCUACACUAGGUGACGAUAUCGACCUCGCCAAUACCGUAAUGAUUGGUGACGACGCAAAGGACGAUGUUCUUGGAGCAAUCAAAUCUGGGAUGAAAGGCAUUCUUGUUCGUACAGGGAAAUAUAGAAAAGGCGAUGAGAAGCAGAUACCCGAAGAACGAAGGAACUGCGUGGAGUCCUUUCGCAGAAGCAGUAGAUUUAAUUGA